AUGAUAACAAGGAUAUCAUUUAAUAAAAUGAAUUCAUCAAUGAAAGUUCAUAAGCGAACAAAUUCAAAACAUUCAUUAUUAAUACCAUCACCGUUAAAUGCAUUAUUACAUUCAGAUAAACAUAUAAAAUAUCAUUUUUAUAGCCUUGGCGGAGAUUUUAUUAGAUUAGGCUCAUAUCGUAAAAUUAAAACGUUAUUUACAUUUAAUAAUCAUACAUUUGGUAAUGGAUCAUUAAUUAAAGAAAUUGUAUAUGAUUUAUCGACAUUUUUAAAAAGAGAAUUAAAUGAUGAAAAAUCAACUAAGCAUUUACAACUCAAGAAUUUUUUAACUUCAAAUCAAAUUAUUUUAAAUAAAGAAAAUUCCAUGAUUUUAUGUGAUCAUCAUUUUGGAUUAAAAAAUUGGUUGUAUAUUAUAUUUGGAUAUAUGAUACAUAAUUAUAAUGAAGAUGAUGUUUAUUCAUGUUUGGAAUAUGUUAUUGAAAUGUAUUUGGAAUCAAGAAAGACAAGAUUAAGAAUAAGUGAAAUGAAAUUGAUUAGAGAUAGUCGAGAUUAUUAUACAUUGGAAACAUUUAAUGAAUAUAUUAAAAAUGUAAAAAUAAAAGAAGAUCUACUAUUUGAAUCCAAUGAUUAUGAUCGAUUUGUUUCAUUUACUGAAGCUUUUAAUAAGAAAAUUUAUUUACCAAAGUUACCAAAAUUAAAUAAUAAAGAAUUAUUAGUUAAGGCAUUAAUGCAUAAAGAAUUUUAUAGGUUAUUACUUGAUCCAAAUCAUUCAUUUGCUAAAAAAAUGAAAGCAGAACAUUAUGACCUUGAUUUUAGUGAAUAUGGGAUAAUAAGGAGAGAAAUUUCAUUCCUUGAUGGUUUAGGAGAUUUAUUCUUAGCUCAAGAAACAUCAAAAUUAAUUUUUGAUUUAUGUAAUGAUGGAAUUGAUUUAAAUUCAACUACUUAUCAAUUAUUGAGAAUGAUUUUAGCUACAAAUACCCUAAUGUCAAAAUUGGCUAAAUGUUAUAAACUAUAUGAAGCAUUAGAUGAUUCAAUUAUAAAUACAAGGAUUUCAAACGAGUAUUUACCAUAUACGAUCCAUAAUAAAAUUCCUUCUGAUAAAGAAGAAGAUGAAAUGAGGAUAUAUGAAGAAGAAUUUUUAGGUGAUUUUUUUGAAUCUUAUAUGGCUGCUUUAUUGAUUGAACAACCAAAAAUUGCAAAAGAAUUUAUAAGAGAAAUUUAUAAAAGAAUAUUAUCUGUAAUUACAGAAACAUUACCUCCAGAAGUAACUUAUCAAAGUUGGACAAUUCAAAUAUUGGGAAGAAAUAUUUAUAGUAAAAAAGCAACUAUAUAG